AUGGCCCGAGCUCGAGAAGGGCAUCAUCCACUUGCCAAGACUGCCACAGGCUUAAUCUAUAUGAAUUGGAUAUUCUCAGAAGUGACUUUGGGUCUUGCAGCCGCAGCUGUCGCAAACAAUAUUCACAGUCAUAUCGCAACAGCUCAUUUAGUAAUUACUACCCUCAGCCUCGUUGCUUUGUCUUCUACUUGCUGCCUUAUAACGUGCAUCGAAGGGAGCGACGGUGAUGAAGUAAGACGAGCUGUGGUAUUCUUCGUGGUCUUUAUCAACAUGUUUUUAUACAUCGGAAUGAUCAUUCCUCUCAGCGUCAGUCCUAUCGCAAAGCCGGACAUUCAUGCGGGACAUGUUCAAUUCUUCAAUAAGUCUCUAUCAGGCACAGAAAGCACUAUGGCCUAG